AAACGGCUUAAAAGGGAAGAACCAGAGAGUCAUGUCAUUCUAAGUAUUAAUUUACAAGGAGAGGAAAAAUGAGGUUUGGCACCUUAUUUAGAGUUUAUCAGGGAAGAAGAACCAGAGAGUCAUUUCGGCUGUGCCGCUUUGACGUUGCACGUUCAUUCUCUCAGCUUCACUCUCAGUCUCAGCUCGAACGGCCUUCUUUUGGGAUUGCGUUUGACAUUGAUGGGGUUAUUCUUCUAGGCCGUACUCCCAUCGGAGGCUCUCCACAGGCGCUGAGAAAUUUAUAUGCAGAUUCGGGCGCUUUGAAGAUCCCAUUUCUAUUCUUGACAAACGGAGGUGGCAUCCCAGAAUCUAAGAGAGCCUCUGAGUUGAGUAAUCUCUUGGGGGUAAAUGUUUUACCUUCACAGGUUGUACAGGGCCAUUCUCCUUUCAAAAACCUAGUAAAUAGAUAUGAGAAUGAACUCAUUGUUGCUGUUGGAAAAGGGGAACCUGCUGCAGUGAUGUCAGAGUAUGGCUUUAGAAAAGCUGUGUCAAUAGAUGAGUAUUCAUCCUACUUCUGUAACAUUGAUCCCCUGUCUCAGUUUAAAAGUUGGGCAACUAAGCAGGAAGUUAACAAGAAUAGCACCUCCAAGGAGGUAACCAGAAAAUGCAAUGUUCUCUCAGAGAGAGUUCAAGCAGCAUUUGUUGUUAGUGAUUCUGUCGACUGGAGCAGGGAUAUUCAGGUUCUCUGUGACAUUUUAACAACUGGGGGUCUCCCUGGGACAGAGAGGAGUAGGCACCAACCACCUUUAUAUUUUGCAAAUGAUGAUCUUGAAUACCAGGCUGAAUUUCCUUCUGAACGUCUUGGAAUGGGUGCCUUCAGAAUUGCACUAGAAGGCAUCUUCAACAGAAUUCACCCUUCGACUCUGGAGUAUACAUCUUUUGGGAAACCGAAUCCUUUGGUAUUCAAGAAUGCAGAAGAAACACUGAAACUUUUGCUGUCUUCAUAUUGCAACCAUAUUGUGAGUAAUGGAAACACAGGAUCUCAUCCUUUCAAAACUCUGUAUAUGAUUGGAGAUAAUCCUUCAGUUGACGUCAAAGGUGCACGGCAGGCAGGACAUCCCUGGUUUUCUAUCCUGACGAGGACAGGUGUUUUUAAGGGCAAGGAAAAUCAUCCAGAAUUUCCAGCAGAUUUGGUUGUUGACACUGUUCAGGAAGCUGUAGAGUAUAUUUUGGAAAAGGAGUGUACUUCAUAAAGCCUGUCCUUU